AUGGACAGUGUUCACAGGGCAAAAAAUGCAAGAGUUUGCGGAAGAGGUUGGCAUCUAGUUGUUAACAUUGACACCGUACUACGUCAGGCAAAUGGUCAGGUCGAAGCUGCCAAUAAAGUAAUAAUUAGCCUAAUUAAAAAGCAUGUAGGAAAGAAGCCAAAGAGUUGGCAUCAAUCACUAGACCAAGCUUUGUGGGCAUGUAGAACAUCUCCCAAGGAAGCAACCGACACCACGCCAUUUCGACUUUCAUAUGAACACGAUGUUGUACUACUAGUCGAAAUUUACGUCCAAUCAGUAAGAAUACAAAGACAACAUGAGAUACCAUCUGAAGACUAUUGGAGUAUGAUGACGAAUGAGCUUGUCGAUUUGGAUGAAGAGAGAAUCUUGGCUCUUAACUCGUUAAGAAGACAAAAGGAUAGAGUGACUAGAGCCUAUAAUAAAAAGGUAAAAAAUAAGGUGUUCACUAUUAAUGAUUUGGUUUGGAAAUUGAUAUUACCUAUGGACAGAAAUGAUAGGGUUUUAGGAAAAUGGUCACCAAAUUAG